AUUAAAGAGGAGGUACAUGUGAGGUUGAACAUCCUUUUUCCACCUUUAACAAUUUUCAGUAGCUGGAAGGACAAGAAGAUAGAACAUCAUGGCCCUACUCCAAUUUUCUUAAAAGGUAGCAAUAAAGAAAAAGCAAGAAAGUUAGCCCCAUGGAUUAGAAAAGCAAGCACUGCACAGCAGCAAUGUUGAUAUAGAAAAGCAAGAAAAACUCCCCACCUUCUCCUAAAGGUCUUAAAAAAAAACACUCCCAAUUGAUAUAGAGGACGAUGAUGGUCAGAAGCCAAGAAAUUCCCAGAAAUAAGUCUAUUGGUAUCUCAGUUGAUCACAUCAUCCCUACUUCUAAUCCAACCUGGAAACUGUACGAGAACCCCUUCUAUAAUUCACAAAAUCAGCAACAAAACCCCACUCACAAUCCUCUCCAUCCCAACAAUAAGCAAAUUCAUCGCCUAAAUCUUCCGAUAUCUGCCAGAAAAAUCGCAGCAUCCUUUUGGGAUCUUACCUUUAUAAGGCCCUUUAUGGACUCUGAGCUCGAAAUGGCUCGAGCCCAAGUAGCCGAAUUGAAGGCCAAGGUGGAUCAUGAACGCAAGGCACGUAAGAAGUUGGAGUCGAUGAAUAAGAAACUUGCCAAAGAGCUAUCUGAAGAGAGAAAAGGGAGAGAAGCCUUGGAGAAAGUCUGCGAAGAACUUGCUAAUCAUAUAUCGUCGGAUAAAGCAGAGAUCAAUCGGUUAAGGAAAGAAAUGGAAGAGGAGAGGAAAAUGCUGAGGGUAGCUGAAGUUAUGAGGGAGGAAAGAGUUCAAAUGAAGCUCAUAGAGGCUAAAUAUUUAUUGGAAGACAAGUUGUUGGAAUUGGAAUCAACAAAAAAACUAUUAGAAGUAGAGCAAUCUAAUGCCGAAACUGAAGCCAAGAUUCAAGAAAACAUCAGCCAUAACAUGUCAUCAGCUGCAUGUGAUCAAGAAACCGAGACUAGGUGUGAAAUUGCUAACAAGUCAAACGAGGGAGAUAGUGCUUCUAUUCAAUACCAAGUGACAAUUCAUAGAAGAAACAAUUCACCUGAGCCUGAAAAUCCACACAUCAAACGAGGGAUCAAAGGAUUUGUCGAAUUUCCAAAGGUUGUCAGAGCAAUUAGUUCAAAAAGCAGACAUUGGGGUACAAAGUUGGAGUGCCAAAAGGCUCAGCUUAGAAUACUACUAAAACAAAAGUGUCCUAUCCGAUCCAACAGUCUUUUAACAAGCUGAUAGCCAUAAAGAUUGUAGCUUUGGAGUGUGUUAUCCAAUUUAAUGGUCUUGUAACAAGCUAAUAGCAUAAAGUUUGUAACUUUGGUGUGCCAAUUGAUUUUUUCUUGAAGCCUUGAUUGAAUUUUCUGUUAGGCCUACAGAAUCUAUUUCGUUUUCGUGAUACUAUGAGUUUUUGUGAAUUGUGAUAUUGUAAAUGUAUAAUUCUCUGGAUUAUGAUCUAGUUCACUUGAAA